GCCAUUUUAGAGGGAAUUCAAAACAAUUUACCUUAGUGACAAUGGAUACAGGACUUACAGACAACAUCCGUCGUCGUAAAAGAAGGGAACUUACUCCAGAACAAAAACAGGAAAUCGUUGAAGCUUUCGAUCUUUUCGAUACAGACAAAGAUCAACAAAUCAGUUAUUAUGAAUUUAAGGUUGCACUCCGAGCACUUGGAUUUGAAUUGAAAAAACAAGAAGUGUUAAAGACUUUGGAAGACUAUAACAUUAAAGAAGAUUCUGGGAAACUGCGAUUUGAAGAUUUUAAUGAGAUAGUUACAGAUAUGAUUUUGGAUAGAGAUCCUGUCACAGAAAUGGUUCGCGCCUUUAAACUGUUCGAUGAAGAUGAUUCUGGAAAAAUUAGUUACCGCAACUUGAAAAAAAUCUCCAAGGAGCUUGGAGAGAAUUUAUCCGAUCAAGAACUUCAUGCUAUGAUAGAUGAAUUUGAUCGAGAUGGGGAUGGUGCUCUCAGUUUGGAGGAAUUUAUGGCUCUAAUGACAAAAGAAAUAUAAUACUGGCAGUUGUUGACUUACAGAAAGUGGAAACAACUUCGCCUUUUUUUUUACCCUGUACUCAUUCAGUAUAGUAUUUAAAACAGUUUUAUGUGUUUCUAUAAAUUUUUAUAUCCUUCUGUAUGUAUGUGUACAAGGAUAGGUUGCUGUGACAGGGGUUUGAUCUGUAUUGUAGGUUUUUAUCUCUCUGUUCGUUAUUAUUAUUAUUAAUUAUUACCAUUAUUGUUAUUAUUAUUUAAUACUUGGAUGAGAUAGCAAGUAUAUAUUUCAAAACUUUAUUAACUCCAAUCCUCUCACUGUUCAUAUCUCACCUAUAUUUAUGGUAUACACUUGUAUGCCCCACAGUGACUUGUGAUUUCCUACAAAUAUACGUACACAUUUUAUUGAUUAUUAAUUAUAUCUACUUCGUAAAUUGUUGAUAUAGAGUUUAUAGCAGGCACGUCUAAAUGUACAAGCACUAACCAUUGAUUGAACUAGUGUCUAUGUUUCAUUCCAUGAACCAAGUAAUAUGCAAAUGUUGAAAAUGUGUGCACAUAAUUAUUGUGAAAUGAUAAGAAUAAAAUUAUUGUUAUCUCUGUAUUGUAUUUCUAUGUUUGUUGAUACUAUCCCCACACUUUAUGAUUAGACAAUCGAAACUUUGGUUAUAAAGAAAAAACUGAUGUUUAUAACUUUGAUGUAAACAAAACAAAGAA